AUGCGGCGUUUAGACCAUCCCAACGUCCUCAAACUAGAAGGACUCAUCACCACACCCGUCUCAUCAUCCCUCUACUUAGUCUUUGACUACAUGGAGCAUGAUCUCUUGGGACUCUCCUCCCUCCCCCGCCGCGGCGUGCUUCAUCGAGAUAUUAAGGGUUCGAAUCUUCUGAUCGAUGGUAAUGGAGUUCUGAAGAUAGCUGAUUUUGGUUUAGCGACGUUCUUCGACCCGAAGGCGAGAACUGUUGCUUUGACUAGCCAUGUUGUCACUCUUUGGUACCGACCACCAGAGCUUUUGCUUGGAGCCAUAGAAGUCGUGGAUGGUGGAAUUGCGGAGAACAGUGUUUGGCGGAGAUGA